AAAUUAUUCACUAUUUUUACAAUUCUUUUCAAUAUUAUCGCAAAAUUUAAACAAAUUUUGUUUUUUAUCUUAAAUUAAUUAUUUAAAAUUUACACAUCGAUAAUUUUAUUACUUAGUUUGUUUCGACCAAUUAUUUACCAAUUUCAAUGACUAUCUUAUGAGUUUCAUGUAAAUUUAAUGUCAGAUUCUAGUCAACUCGUGUUAAUUCACGACCUUUUUAAGAGUGUUCGGCCGGAUGAAAUUCUUGAAGACUUACAGAAGUUUGGAGUUACCGUGAGCGCAAGUGCUUUCAGGAACCCUAAACCAGAAGAAUCGCUAGGUCUCUACAGUCUGGCAAUCCAGGUCGUUUUUGGGAAAACGAUCCACGACAUUAAGCCGGAAGAACUCUCAGGCAAACUCUAUGAUACCAAAACAGAAGUUCCAGGGGUUGAUUUUUCUACUGAGAAUGUGGAUUAUCUGAAAAACGCCAUUGGAAAUUUGCGUCUUUGGCGUUAUUCACAAAAGUUACAUAAAGUUCUGGGACUCGGAGAAAUAGAACGCUAUGAGCUUUUUAACCCGACGGCAAAGAGCUUUAAUGAGCUGAUAAGCGCAUUUGUAGUAUACUUGCGAUUCAGACAGGCGCUUUACAGCCUUUACGAGUCAUCUAUUCAGAAGCUAGAUAAUCUGGCAGAGCUUGACUUGAGGUUAGAUGAAGACCUCAAGAACCUGGUGAGAGAGAAUGACAAGUUCAAGAACAUGGUACUUGAGAAUGUAGUUGAGCACGAGUCACUUUUAAAACUUAAAAAUGAGCUUGAAAAUAGGAUGAUAGUUGCCAAUGAGGAGUUCACCAAUGCAAAGGAGACGAAAAAGAAACUUGAAAUUGAAAAGGAGAAAAUAAACUCAUUGGUAAAUGACACAAUGCUUUCAAAGAGUAAGGCUAGAUUUACAUUUGAUGACUUGUCUCAGCACUUUUCAACAAAUAUUGAGACUGCGAGCAAGAUUUUCAAUGAACUUAACGCUGAAUACGCUUCACAAUCGCAAACCCUUGAAGCCUUAGUUUCAGACGUUGAACGUCUAAACACGAUUCACGCCUCUUUAGUUGAGAGUUGCGAGACUUUUGAACUUCUAAAAUCUAAUUUAGAGGAACACUACAAUGAGGUAAUUAUUCCUCACGUUAAAAGCUUGGAGCUUUCUAAGCGGCUUUCAUCUCAAACUGAGUCUCUAAAGCUAAAAAUUAAGCAGUUGACCCGUACCAGGGACUCUAUUUUGAAGGAUAUUGAGCAUCAGAAGACUUUACAGGCAGAUAGACUUAAAAGGCUCUCCGAUGAGCUUCAAGCCAAGGUUGACGAAGCACACAGAUUUGCUCAGGAAUCUUCGAAUAGUGAGUCUGGACUCAGGGCGAAGAUAUCCGAUAUGCGAGAUCUUAUUUCCCAAAUGAACUCCAGGGCUCAAGAUGUCAGGAAACACUCUCAAGAGCUGUUUUCUCAGCUUUCUAACAUGAUAAACACGCUCUACGACUCCAUUGAGUCCUAUAAUCACAAAAUAAAUAAUCUCAAUAACUCUUUAACAAAAUUUUAAAAAUGUUUGACAAAUGUUUAAGAAAUUCCUAAUUUUUAUAAAUUA